GUUCUAUUCCGCUAGCUUCAUCUCCGCACUCCCUGGCUGCCAUCACACGACCCUGCAUCUCGCUGUCGCAUACUGUCUACAAGCCAAACAUUGCUAUCCACGGAUCCUAUAUACCCAGCUGCAUAUCUAGCAAACCGCCCCAGCCUCAGCCAUGGUAGUUGCGACAAUCAAGUGCGUCGUCGUCGGCGACGGUGCUGUCGGCAAGACAUGUCUCCUCAUCAGCUACACCACGAAUAAGUUUCCCUCAGAAUAUGUCCCUACGGUCUUCGACAACUACGCCGUCACCGUAAUGAUUGGUGACGAGCCAUACACCCUUGGUCUUUUCGAUACUGCCGGACAGGAGGAUUACGACCGACUCCGACCCCUCUCAUACCCCCAGACUGACGUAUUCCUCGUCUGCUUCUCCGUCACAUCGCCCGCAUCUUUCGAGAACGUACGCGAGAAAUGGUUCCCCGAAGUACACCACCACUGCCCCGGUGUUCCGUGCUUGAUUGUCGGUACACAAGUCGAUUUGAGGGAAGACAAUGCUGUCAAGGACAAGCUGUCGAAGCAGAGGAUGGCUCCUGUGAAGCGGGAAGACGGCGAGCGAAUGGCGAGGGAGCUCGGUGCAGUAAAGUAUGUUGAGUGUUCAGCUCUGACACAGUACAAGCUCAAGGAUGUAUUCGACGAGGCAAUUGUAGCAGCACUUGAGCCGCCAGCAACAAGGAAAGAAGGCAAGGGAGCGAAAAAGGAAAAGAAGUGCGUUAUACUCUAAAACAUGAACGCAGCGGCUGUGCAGUGUCAAGAGCUAGGGGCGCUUUGGUUUGCAGAACUUUUGACUGGGCGUGAAUUUUUGGA